AUGAAGGACAGACCUCAAGAUAUUCUUCGCAGAUUUAGAGUGUCAUCCAAGAAUGGAUUUCUUCCAGAUGAUACACCCCUGAAGCAGCUGCCACAUCAGUAUUAUGCUCCCUGGGAGACACUUGCAAAAACUCUAUCCCAAUCAAUCGCCUCUCGUGAGAUCAGAUCAAAAGUAAAUGCUUUACCGAUACUUGAGACAACGUACCUAUAUUCAGAGGCCGAAUGGCAAAGGGCUUAUUCACUUCUCGGAUUUCUGGCUCAUGCUUACUUUUGGGGAGGAGAGCAACCUUCACAAGUUCGUAUACUCGUGGACUCAUUGAACGUGCACGGCACUACUGACAGUUUUUCUCAGCGACUUCCACCUCAGAUCUCCCGUCCGCUACUGCAAGCAUCUGAACACCUAGGUCUACCUCCUACGGCUACCUACUCCACACUAAAUCUUUGGAAUUGGGAGAGGAAAUCCCCUGAUUGUGACAUCACAGAGCCUGACAACCUUACAUCACCAUUGACAGCGACUGGCACGAAGGAUGAGGAAUGGUUCUACCUGAUAUCGGUCUCCGUCGAAGCAAAAGGUGGUCCACUGAUCUUAGCCAUGCUCCAAGGUAUCCAGGCUGUCCAGGACUGCAACGACAAACUCUUGGAGUCGUGUCUUCAGAUAAUUACCCACGGAAUUACGGAACUUGGUGCCCUCCUUAACAGGAUGCGAGAGCAUUGUGAUCCGCAGGUAUUUUACCAUGUAAUCCGCCCACUUCUGGCCGGAAGCAAAGGCAUGGCGUCGGCUGGUCUGCCCAAUGGUGUCUUCUACGAUGAAGGUGAUGGGAGAGGUCAGUGGAGACAGUAUAGCGGUGGAAGCAACGCCCAGAGCUCCUUGAUCCAGCUGUUCGACAUUAUCCUUGGCGUCGAUCAUCAUGCUACGGGUGCUUCAAACCCGAACACAGCGAAGACGGGAAGUUUCAUACAGGAGAUGAGGAACUACAUGCCAAGGAGUCAUCGCGAGUUCUUGAGCUACGUGUCGGAGAGAAGCAAUAUCCGACAAUAUGCUUCGAAUCCGACAACUACCGCAACGGUGCGCAAUGCAUACAACCAGGCUGUGGAAUCUCUUGUCGCCUUUCGCAAUAUUCACAUUCAAAUUGUUGCAGGCUACAUAAUUACACCAUCACGAUCACCACGAGCUGAGUACAUUGUCGAGAAGCAGGGUCUGAAUUUGGCCACCGCAUCAACGCGAGGUCAGCAAGCAAGUACAAAUGAGAAGCAGCAACUUGCUGGUACAGGUGGAACGGCUCUGAUACCAUUCCUGAAGCAGACAAGGGAUGAGACCGGAGAAGCCGCUGUGCCUUGUGCAUAA